UAUUAGGAAUUCCAUAAUCUUUUGUUUUUGCUCAUUAACAAUCCAUGAUUAUCAACGUAAUUGCUAUUACAUGUUUAAAGUAUGACCAUCGAAAAUGCUAAAGUCAGUCGUCUACAUGUGCAUGUAUAGGUGGCUGUCACACACGCACAUCAAUGGUGAACACAAGCCUACACGUGCGUGGAUGACUGUCAGCAUAGCUCUUGUGACAAUACUAAGUUUAUGGUGUGAAGAAGCAAUUGUAACUAAUAACUAAUAAGUUUUCUGAUUUGUCUAAAAGGGAAAUCACAUAUUGAUCACAUCCAGUUAGUCAACUUUGUGUUGGAAUAAAGAGCAUGCCGUGAUUCUUAUUGGAUGAUUCCUUACUUUGUCUACAUGCCCAAAUGAGUUGCCAAACAAAUCAAACUUAAACAAAUGGAGGAUUAUAAAAGAGAGAAUGAUAAUAUUGCCAACAAGGUAGCGUCAUGGCUGCAAAGCCAAGGUUGACAUUAACAUGUGCGUAUAUAGACGGUUUAAAAAGGCAUCCUCAUAUCUUUUCCUUUAUUUUAUGGAAUAUUUUGGGAGAAUAAUCGACUGCGAAUUGAUACAAUUGUUGAAAAUGUUUUAGAUUUCCCUUGUAGAAGAAUAUAUAUAUGAAGCAUCUACACCUCCCAAAGUUUGUAGCUUUGAUUGCAUGCAUAAUACAAAUCAAAUAUUCUUUUGCAGCAAGUCUAGCUACUUUUGUGAAUGUCACUCUUUCUUUCUGUUUCCUUGUUGAUCAUUGUGUUUUAGGAAAUAUAAAAGAGGGGUGGAGGCCAUACUUUGCUUGUAGUUCUGAUGGCAGUGCCUAGCAGCAAUAUAGCAACCAUCCUCGAAUCUCAAGGAGUUGAGUUCCUUCUAUCUGGUGACAGAAAGGUCCCCUUGUCAUCAUGUAAUGGGAAGACAGUGUGCCUCUUCUUCUCAGCAAAUUGGUGUAGGCCUUGCAAGGCUCUUACCCCUCAGCUGGUGAGGCUUUAUGAUGUGCUUAAAAUGGAAGGUAAAGAGUUUGAGAUUAUCUUCGUCUCCUUCGACCGCGAUGAGGAAAAAUUUAAUGAACACUUCAAGUGCAUGCCAUGGCUGACAAUCCCAUUUGAUGCAAACCUGCAUAAACGAUUGAGUGACCUGUACCACGUCGAUCGCAUCCCAUCACUCAUUUCAUUAAGUUCAGAUGGAAUAUCAGUUGAGGAAGACUUGGUUGGACUGAUUGAAGACUAUGGAGCUGAGGCAUUUCCAUUCACUAAGAACAGAAGAGAAGAACUAAAGGCUGCUGAUGAAGCGAAGCGCGAAGGGGGAAAACUAGAAGAGCUUUUGGCUCAUCAAGGACGAAACUAUGUCAUGUCUAGUGAUGGUAGAGAGGUAUCAGUGUCCAAACUUAUUGGUAAGACCAUAGGCCUUUACUUUGGUGCACAUUGGAGCCCUCCUUGCCGCGCCUUCACUUCCAAACUUAUAGAAGCAUACAACGAGCUCAUGGCCUCCAGUGAUCAAGACCUCGAAAUCAUUCUAGUCUCCACAGACCGAGACCUCAAAGAGUUCGAGCUCAACAUAAGCUGCAUGCCAUGGCUUGCCAUCCCAUACCAAGAUAAAACAAGACAAGACCUUUGCAGAAUUUUCGACAUUAAAGUGAUUCCGGCUUUGGUUCUGAUUGGACCAGAUGGGAAGGCUAUUAGCACAAAUGGGAAGGCCAUGAUCUCCUUGUAUGGUGCCAAGGCCUUCCCAUUUACAGAAUUCAGGAUCAAAGAGCUGGAGGCAGCUUUGAGAAAAGAAGGAGAGGCGUUGCCUCCUCAAGUGAAGGAUAUAAAGCAUGACCAUUUGCUGAAGUUGGACAUGGCCAAAGCAUAUGUAUGUGAUUAUUGCAAGAAGCAGGGGAGGUUCUGGGCAUUCUCUUGUGGUGUGUGUGAUUAUGAUCUUCAUCCGACUUGUGUAGAAAAGUCAUUUUAAGAAAAAGUUUAUUGAAUUGUGAGAGGUGUGAGUGUAAGUAAUUGAAUAUUGAAAUUUGGCUAUGCUGAAGUUGUUGUAAAAUGUUGAUAAGAUAUCCUUAUCAGCAAAGAUUUAGUAAAACUGUUACUGGAUGAAAA